AGAGCUGGUCUAGUCUACGUUAUACAACAACAACAUAUCUGUAUAAUAGCAUAUAAAAAAUAUGAAUAAUAAAGUGUUAUUGGCACAUUCUAUCUAGAGAAAUGAUUCCAAAAGCACACUACCGUACAAGGAUUAUGAUGUCGUUUCAGGUGAAAAUUCACGAGCUGGAGCUGAAACUGCAGGAAGAGGAGCACCAGAGGAAGCUGGUGCAGGAUAAAGCAAACCAGCUGCAGUCUGGUUUGGAGAUCAACAGGAUCCUGUUGCAGUCGGCCUCGCCGCCGCGAUGGACCAGCACGGACCCUCAAGAGAGGAAUGAAAUUUUAAAGGUAUGGUGGACGUAGGAAGUUGGGCCCGACUGAUA